AUGGCAUACUCGCCCGUCCUCCGCUUCCCAAUUUCGGGUAAGAAGGAUGAGUUCUAUCUUCUACAAGUCAUCCCAAACGGCAAGCAGCAUCCGCUCGACCUCAGACUCGUGGGCACAGAGGGCACAGGGGCAUAUGAGGUGAAGUUGCGUCACCGGAGGGUGAACGAAUGGAAAGCCCCCAGUGGUCACUGCACGGAUGAGGAGUGGGAACAAAUCUUGAUUUCAACCUUGAUCGAGCCAGACCAUGCCCAUGCUCGCGAUAUCGAGAUCAAGGCUGAUCUCCAAUCGGAGUCAACUACAUUGAACUUCCGCAAGAACAUCCAAGGAAUAACGCAACGGCUUGGGUCCAUCAAGCUGAAGGAGUUUGACAUUGUCACAGACCCCAAGACCGGCGCUGACAAUGGGCCGCAACUCUUCGACUGGUGCGUGGCCGCCAUUGGUUCACGGGCCAGGGUCCUUGACGAUCUGGCUGCUGCCACAGCCAAGGCGGAAGAGCUAGAGAAGUCCGUCAACGAGUUGAAGACCCAACUCGAGGAUAUUAUCAAGGCCAAGGAGGAUGACGAGCGGCAGCUUCUCGAGAAAUUCCGGGAUCUUCUCAAUGAGAAGAAGCUCAAGAUCCGUCAGCAGAACCGCCUCUUGGCAUCCGCAGAUGUAAACCCCGAUAAACUAGAGAAUGUCGGUGCGAGCCAAAAUACCAUGAGGAAGGCCAGGGCAUCAAGGGGUGGAAAACGCAAAGCUGCUCAGGAGUCAUCAGACGAGAGCGAUGAUGGCUUCACAAAGAUGGACGUCGAUCAAUCUACAGACAUCAAGGAAGAGCCCGAGGAUGACCAGGACAUGGAUGCACAGGAGACGACCGACGAGGAGCAGGGGGCAGAAACACAGAGCGAAGACGAAGAUGUCGAGGAUCCGCCAGAACCGCCUGCAAAGUCGACCACCAAGAGGAAACCUACGGCAAGGUCUGCGGCAUCGCGGCGUAGAGCUUCGUCAUCGCCAAAGUCUAGUCGAAAGGGUAAGGGGGAUGCAACACCACCCACAGACGAUGAAGACGAUGACGAUGUUUCACCCCCUAGGCGGACUCUACCGUACCAAACUAAGAACAGGAAGCCGGAGUCACCAAAGACGGCGGACGACGAUGAAACAGAGUCAGACGAUGAGUUAUAA